AUGAAUCGAAAUGCUCGAAAAUAUGAAUUAAAUAAGGCAUUAAGUAUUUUACCAAUAUUUAAUCCAUUAAAUGAUUAUCAUAUCUAUCAUAUUAAUCAAUUAACAUCUUCUAUUCUAUUACAUGAUUUAAUUGAACGAGCAAGAAAAACAACUCGAUUUACUAUUGAUACAGAAGAUGAUUAUUAUACACACCGACCAGCAUUAAUUCAAAUUGAAUUCAUACAAUAUCAAUCUAUCGUACUAUUAAUUGAAGUGCAUCAUUUACCAGAAGUAACAUCAGCGAUAUUUUGGUUAAUAAGAUCACUUGUGAAAAUAAUCUUAAAUUCAUCCAACUGUAUAUAUUCAUGGGGUGACGGUGAAAAGGAAUUGAAUAAAUUCAUUUCAUGUGGACUUUUUUCAUUUGACCAACUCCAUCAAAUAAAUAAUAUGGACAUACAAAAACUUUUUAAACAACGGCAUGAUCAAAAAUUGAAUCAUGAACAUACUCAUCUUCCAUUAGAUAUUCAGAAAAGAUUAGAUACAUAUUCAAAACAAUCUAUUAAAAGUUUUCAUUAUAUAUGGUCACUUCAAAUGGCUAUAGCUUAUGCAUGUCAUGAAUUUCUCGAUAAAAGUCGAACUAAAAGUAGAUGGAGUCGACAUCUUGAUAUGAUAAAUCAUAACAGUUCGUCUGUAAUGAAUCUUAAAGAAAAACAAAUCAUUCAACAAAUGAUUCAGUAUGCUGUUAAUGAUUGUUUGGCAGUGACUAAAUUAGUGAUGCUAUUAAAAUUUGAUCGAACAUAA